GAGAGUCCAACCCUCGAACUCUCUCAGAUUUACCACCCAUUGUAGGAGACAUUAUGGCCACAGUAGCAAGACCCUCAAGCGAUGUCACCCUCCGGGAAGUCAAGCAGAACCAGGCUGCACUAAUCAGCCGGAUCAACAACGCCGUGUUCGCCGAUGACGGAGACUCGAUCCCUUUGAUCGACAUUGGCCCUUCUCUCAACGGGAGCGAAGCAGACAGGAAGUUCGUGGCAGCACAGAUCGGGAAGGCUUGUCGUGAAAUAGGAUUCUUCCAGAUCACGAAUCACGGGGUCAGCCAGCAGGCCCAGGCCGGCAUCCUGGAGCAAGCCAGGCGCUUCUUCCAUGACUUGCCCCUGGCCAAGAAGCAGCACCUCCACAUCGACAAUUCAGCACUGCUUCGUGGCUGGGAACCUAGCGGUGUUUCCAAUGUCAACCCAGAUGACUGGAAAACCGCGGGCAAGGAGACCAAGGAGGCUUUCAACUGGGGCUACGAGCCCAAACUCGACCCCACAGGCGGGGACGGCAAUUAUGUCGAGCUGGACUUAGUGAGAUAUCCAGACGGGGCGAAUGUUUGGCCCAGUGAACAAGAUCUGCCUGGAUUCUUUGAAAAGAUCAGCGAGUACCAUGGCCAAGUUCUAACGCUCGCACGACAUCUCUUGAGGCUGUUUGCUCUAGCAAUGGAGCUAGAAGAGUCCUAUUUUGAUGCGAUGUCAACACAUCCCGGGACUAUUGCUCGGCUGCUAUACUAUCCUCCGCAAAAGCCCAGGCCGACAACCGACACUACCAAGGAGACAGACGAUAUUGGUCUAGGUGCCCAUACCGACUACGAAUGCUUCACAUUGCUUUUGUCCGAUUCGAACCCGGGGUUGGAGGUGCUCCACGUUGAUGCAUUGACUGGUCGGCCGAAAUGGAUCUCAGCACCUGCAGCACCCAGCUCGCUCACUGUGAAUGUUGGUGACUUUCUUUCAAGGUGGACGAAUGGGCAGUUCAAAAGCACUGUCCAUCGGGUCAUCAACAGGAGCCCCGAGAAGGAGAGAUAUAGCGUGCCAUUAUUCUUUUCGGUGAACUACGAUCAGAAGGUGUCGACACUGCCAACACCCGCCCCAAAACCCACACCAACGGAGUCUGAGGUAGAGGAGAUCCAGGCAGGGCCUUGGAUUUUGGAAAGACUGCGGGCUACGUUGAAACAAAAUUGAUGUCCAGCCGAUUGAGUCAGCGGAUGUGUAUAAAUCUCGCCUUUCCGCUGUGACUUGAAGCACGUGCAGUUAACAGAAGGCUGGCUACAACUUUUUCCGGC